GCCCUCAAUGAGAUGAGGAUCAAGUUCCCAGGGAAAUCAAAGGAAGAAGCAGAGGUGUUGUUGGAUGAGAUACUGGACAACUGGAAGUAUCACAAACCAAAGGUAGCAACCUAUUGGCUGGUGAAGCUGGACUCCACAAAGCAACGCAAGGUGUUGGACAUUGUGAGGGCCCAGGUCCGGGCCAUCGUGCAGCGGGUGAGGAGGACACAGGACGUGGAGACACUCCGACCCUACCGCAUCUUCAACCGAGUCUUCAGCCGCCUGCUGUGGAGUCACGGGCAGGGCCUGUGGAACUCGUUCUCCAACUCUGGCAGGAGCUUGUGGGAGACGAUGUUGAACAGGAACUCGACCGGCAUCACGCCCCUGGAGCUGCAGUGUUGCCAGAGGCUGGUGCAACUCUGCAAGGACUGCCUGCUCCUCGUUUACCACUACGCUGCCGACUUCAAGGGAUCCCUGCCGGGCUUCAUCCUCGAAUGGGAACAGCACAGGUCGUUGCCACCCUCUGGCCUCCAGUUGACCAUGAAGACCUUGCCGACGGGCUUUGGGUGCGUGAGCUUGCCUCGAUCGCGGAGCCUCUACACCGGGAGACUGGGCCAGCGCUGAGCCGCCGCUGAUGGCGUCCAGAGUUACCGCCUUGCCCCCCCUCCCCCCCUCACCCCCGGGGGUGGGAGAGAGGGUCUAGACCACGGGGAGACGAGGCCUCCUGUCUGGCUACCUCUUGCAGUGAUGCACAAAUG